AUGGCCGGCGACUUUAAUGGAUAUGUUGGGCAGUAUUCCCAUGGAUUCCAGGUUGUGCAUAGUGGUUAUGGCUUUGGCACCAGGAAUGAGGAAGGUACAAGGCUACUUGAGUCAUGUGAUGCAAAUGAUCUUAUGAUCUGCAACACUAACUUUAUAAAGCCAGUCAGCCACCUAAUUACUUAUCAGUCUGGUGGAAAUAUAAACCAGGUUGAUUACCUCUUCACCAGGCAAAGAGACAGGCAGUUGCUCUCAAAUGCAAAGUCUUUCCCAGAUGAAGAGUGUACACCCCAACAUAAGCUAUUAGUUAGUGAUUUCAGAAUUAGGGCUAGAAAGACUCAAGGACAUAAUCCACAUUUGAAAAGAAGAUUAUGGAACCUCAGAGACUCAGCAAACCAACAAAAAUUUAGAGACAUUCUACUGGAGGUUGUACCAAACUGA